UGCAUCACAUGACACUCAAACAGCCGGAGUCAUGGAGGCACGACCGGGAGUUUUAAUUUUGUUGCUUGUGACAGUCAUACAGGCAGUAGUUGCUUCAAGUAAAUGGAAAUGCUAUCAUUAUACAUUCGCAAACAAAUUUGCAAUGAUAAAAUUUGGAGAAAAAUCGAUAUGUGAAAAACAUGGUCGGAGGUUCACAGAAGGCAUAAAUAAAAACUAUCCAGGUUGUGGAACUUGCUGGUGCUGUCAGAAGCCAAAAGGCAAACCAAGUAAUUGCAAGGGGAAAUGUCACAAAAAUGGUAAAUGCAAAAGAGGAAGAUGUAGAUGUAAAAUAGGAUACACAGGAGAUGGCAUUAACGUUUGUUCCAAAAGUUGUACAUGUUCAGCGAGCGGCGAUCCGCAUUACAGAUCUUUCGACGGACAAGGAUUACAUUUCAUGGGAACAUGUAAAUAUACUUUGUCUCAAUAUGUUAACCCAAGCAGUACAUGCAGAUUUCAUGUUCAAGUCAAGAAUGAAAACAGAGGAAAUAAACGAGUCUCAUACAUGUAUACAAGAUCUGUUCAUGUAGUCGUCAGAAAGACGAAGAUUGACUUGUUAAAGAAUAGAGCUGUCAAGGUGGAUGGAAUUAAAAGAUAUCUACCAUAUAAAACUGGAUAUUUCAGUAUCAUAAAUUCAGGACGCUAUGUGAGACUAAAAACUACAUGUAACGUCUUAAUUACAUGGGACGGGAAAAGCGCAGUAACUAUAUCGGUACCGAGUCAUUUCAGGCAAAAUUUAAUUGGCUUGUGUGGAAAUUGUAAUGGCAUUAAAGAUGAUUUUAUAACAAAAGAUGGUUUGGACGUGCGCACAAAACCGGACAAGUUUAAGCUUAUUGGUGAAAGUUACCUGAUUCGAGAAGGCAAUAGCGAAAAGUGUGGCGUGACAACCCCACCGGAUCCUUGUACGUCAGCACUGAGAAACAAAGCAAAUGGAAACUCCGCCUGUGGCCAGUUAAAUCCAGCUAACCCAAGCAGCCCGUUCAAAGACUGCUCACAAGAAGACGCGGCAUUAGUUCAAGACAUAUAUGACACUUGUGUUUAUGACUACUGUGCAUACAGUGAUCAACCAGAUAUAUUAAAUACAAUUGUUUGCGAAGCUGCUGAAGGCCUAGAAGAAAGAUGUGAAAACAUGGGUGUUGAUAUAUCAUGGAGAACAAAACAAUUUUGUCCUUUUAUAUGUGAAGACAAUAUGGAAUACAGUAGUGCUAUAAGUGGAUGCCCAGCCACGUGCGUUGAUCUACAUGCCCCCAAAACAUGCAAACUACCCCCAUCAGAAGGAUGUCAGUGUAAAGAAGGAUUUGUACUCAGUGACAACAAAUGUAUACUGAUAGCUCAGUGUGGUUGCAGGCUACCUACCGGUGAAUACUAUCCAAUUGAUACAGAAAUUACAUCUAGAGAUUGUAGGACGGUGUCCAGAUGCGUUGCCACAAAAUCGGGUUACGCAAAAAUACAAGUCAUUAGACGGCAAAAAUGUCACAGUAAUGCACAAUGUAAAUUACUCAAUGGCGUUUAUGAUUGUGCUUGCGAAGAGGGUUUCAAAGGAGAUGGAGUCAAACAAUGCAAAGGUAAGCCACAACCUGGUACAGAAAAAGUGAUAUGUGAGGGCUUUAAAAGUAAAAUUACAUGUCCAUGGAAGAAAACAAUAAGAAUUUUGGAAGCAACAUAUGGAAGAACUGAAAUGGGCAAAUGUAGAAGUUCAAAUGUGAAAACGACAUCAUGUUCAUCUGACAAACCACUUCCUAUAAUAAGAAAACAUUGUGAUGGAAUGAAAUCAUGCAUGGUAUCAGCAAAUAACGGCCUGUACGGUGAUCCUUGUGUAGGCACAUACAAAUACGUUACUGUUCGAUACGUCUGCGAAGAAACAGGACCCGAGUGUGGAUCAAGCGUUUGUCAUCCAGAAGCAAAAUGUCACAAUGGUCGAUGUGUAUGCAAAAUAGAGUUUGUCGGAGACGGUGUAAAUAGCUGCAUAGAGACAUGCACCUGUGUUGCUAGUGGAGAUCAACAUGUUAAAAGUUUUGAUGGACAAGCCAUUCACUUUAUGAGAAUAUGUACCUAUACCAUGAUCAAAUCAACAUCCAUUGAUAAAUGUGGUGGUUUUGAAGUUCAAGUGCAAACUAAAGACCGUGGUUCAAACACAAGAGUCUCAUAUACACAAUAUGUUUUGGUCAAGUUAGCAGAUGCUACAAUUCGGCUAGAUAAAAAUAACAUCGUUUUUGUUAAUGACGUUCAAGUUUAUACUCCCUAUUCUUGUACAAACUUUGAAAUUACGACUUCUGGUAGAUAUGUACGGCUACAAACAAAAUGCAACAUAUUGAUAACAUGGAAUGGUGUCGGUACCGUGGCAGUAUCCGUUCCAAAGACAUAUGCGGGAAUUGUAACUGGUAUUUGUGGUGAUUGCAACGGAAAGAAAGACGAUUUCAGAACAGCAACAGGUGAGGAUGUUAGUCUAAAGAAAGACAAAUUCGAGCUAAUUGGAAAGAGCUACACAGUUCCAGGAAUCUAUGAAACACAGGAUAACAAGUGCGUAGUUGUUCCUAUAAUAGAAGAACCAUGUUCUGCAGACCAGUCCAGUAAAGCCGCUGACGAUAAAUACUGUGGUUUAUUGAAUCCGAAAAAUGUAAAAAGCCCAUUCAUGUCUUGUGCGAACAAAGAUAUGGAUAUGGCCAAGGAUUUAUAUGAGUCCUGUCUAUAUAAUUACUGUAGUAUAGAAGGAUCACCUGAACUCGAGCAAUCUAUUUGUGAGUCUUUGGAGGGAUAUGAAGAACAAUGCGAAGACAUGGGUUUAUCAAUAACUUGGCGGAAAAGGGAUAUUUGUCCACUCACAUGUCCAGAUAACAUGGAAUAUACUACUUCUGGGAGUGGAUGUCCAGCAACUUGUGUGGACCCAGAUGCUCCAUUAACAUGCAGAUUACCAAAUACAGAAGGUUGUCAAUGUAAAGAAGGAUUUCUCCUGAGUGGAAAUGAAUGUGUGCCCAAAGAACAAUGUGGAUGUCGUGGACCAGAAGGAGAAUACUAUCCCCUUGGAAAGCAAUUAACUUCAUCAGACUGCACAAUUGUAACCAAGUGUUCCAGAGAAAACGGGAAACCAACUUUGACAGUUGUUAAACAACAAAUUUGUCAUCAAAAUGCUAAAUGUCGUCUCCGAAGAGGUCAAUAUAGAUGUAUAUGUAAAAAGAAGUUCAAGGGAAAUGGUGUAGAUGUUUGCACUCCACCUGAAGAUCAAGAGAAUGUUGAUGAUUUCAUAUCGUUAUGA